AUGUCGGUCGACGAACGCGCAGGCUGGACCCCUCCAGCUGCAAACGUCACGACACCAACCUCUUUGAUCUUCUCUGAGAACCCCAAUAUGGUUUCGCUAGAUUCUAUUCGCAUGUCGAAUUUGCAGGCUGGUGAUUUGGAGAAUCUGGUUACUGUCUUUGUUGGUGGAACAAACGGUGUCGCUGAGAACACCGAAAAGGAACUGUUCUUAAGAGCAACAACACCGAUAGCGUACAUCAUUGGCAGGAGUCAAGAAAAAGGAGAUAGUCUUUGCAAAGAGCUCGAAGAUUUAAAUCCUGGAUCAAAGGCCAUCUUUCUCAAAAAGGAUAUCAGCAUCUUGAGGAAUGUCGACGAGAUCUGUGAGGAAUUGAAACGGCGAGAAAAGAAGAUCAAUGUCUUGUUUCUUUCCGCCGGUUACAUGUCGCUAGGCGGCAGGAAAGAAACUCCAGAAGGACUGGAUCAUAAGAUGGCCGUCAACUACUACUCAAGGAUACGAUUUAUUAUGAACCUUAUGCCCGAACUCACAGCAGCUGGAAGCAAUCACGAGCUGUCACGCGUCUUGACAGUUCUUGCAGCAGGCUCCGAAGCUGACAUCGACCUGGACAAUAUGGAGCUUACAAAAGGAUACACACUACACUCAUGUCUAUCACAUUGUGUCAUGAUGACGGACUUUAUGAUGGAAGAGCUGGCCAAGAGACACCCGAAAACAUCAUUCAGUCAUUCCUAUCCUGGUACUGUCAAGUCUGGGAUCACGAAUCAACUCACCGGACCUAUCAGGCUUGGCAUAAAAGUGUUGUAUUCGGUCAUGACGCCUUGGAUCUUGAACUUUAGAGAAAGCGGCGAGAGACAUUUCUUCCAAAUCACCAGCUCAAUGUAUAAAGCCAAGGAUGGAGCGGCGGGUAUACCACUGAACGGAGGCCUGGACAUUGCUGUCGGUAUGGAUGAAGUCAAGGGUAGUGGAGCUUAUCUACUUGAUUGGGAUGGCAGACCGGCAGGUGAUAUGGGUAUUAUCAAGAGGUACAGGGAGGUGAACGCUGGAUCGAAGAUAUGGGAACACACCAUGACAGCUAUCAAAAAGGCCACAUCGAAGAAGCGGUUGGCUAAGGAUGACGAGCAACAGGAGCAGAAACGCAGAGAACAGUAUGCGGCUGGAGCACCUAAUUUGACAGGAUGGAGGGCAGGGUAG